AUGCCCGAGGCGUGCUGCAACACUGCAAUCGUGCACACACUUCGCUUCCGCUCGUCGGAAACUCGACCGCGCGCGACCGCGGCCAUGGAUCCGGACACCGAGGUCGACUUCGACUUCUCGCCGUUCCUCAUCCGCUACAAGAGCGGCCGCGUCCACCGUCUCAUGGGCGCGUCCAGAGUCGACGCCGGCACGGACGCCGCCACGGGCGUCACCUGCAAGGACGUCGUCAUCGACGCCGACGCCGGCCUGGCCGCGCGGCUCUACCUGCCCAAGGACGUCCCGCGGUCCGAGAAGCUCCCCGUCCUCGUCUACUUCCACGGGGGCGCCUUCGCCGUCCACUCGGCCUUCUUCGGCACGCACCACCGCUUCCUCAACGCCCUCGUGGCCGCGGCCGGCGUCGUGGCCGUGUCCGUCGACUACCGCCUCGCGCCCGAGCACCCGCUCCCGGCCGCCUACGACGACGCGUGGGCGGCGCUCCGCUGGGCCCUGGCGAGCUGCGCGCCGGCCGCCGGGCGGGAGCCGUGGCUGGCCGACCACGGCGACGCUGCGCGCGUCUUCGUCGCGGGCGACAGCGCCGGCGCCAACAUCGCGCACCACAUGGCGACAAGGGCCGGCGGCGGAGAGAACGGGCUGCCGGCGGGCGCGCGGAUCGAAGGGCUGGUGCUCCUGCACCCGUACUUCCGCGGCAAGGAUCUGGUGCCGUCGGAGGGCGCGGACCCCAGGUUCCUGCAGAGGGUGGAGAGGUCGUGGGGCUUCGUGUGCGCGGGGAGGUACGGGGCCGACCACCCGUUCAUCAACCCGCUGGCGAUGCCGGCGGAGGAGUGGGCGGCGCUCGGCUGCCGGCGAGCACUUGUCACCGUGGCGGAGCUGGACACGAUGCGGGACAGGGGCCGGAGGUACGUGGAGGCGCUGAGGGGGAGCGCGUGGACAGGGGAGGAGGCGGUGCUGUACCAGACCGGCGGCGAGGGGCACGUCUACUUCCUGGAGAAGUCCGGCUGGGGCGACAAGGCGGAGAGGGAGAUGGACGCCGUCGUCUCGUUCAUCAAGCGGAGCUAG